GACUAAUCCUUCACGUGUUCAUCCUCUUUCGCAAGUGCCAGCCAUCUUGGAAGUCGUGGUCAGCUGUACCAGCUCCGAGUGCAACAUGACGGUCCCCAACACGCUCACCCCGCAGAACAUGGACAGUGUGGAGCCUGUCUGGUUUGACCGCUUCCGUGUGGAGGAGGCGGAGUACAGGUACCAGCAACACCUCGCUGACCAGCACUCCGGACUCGUGGUCAAGGAGGGCACCAGUAGCAUUCUAAAUGAGAUUGCACGGGCACGCCAGAACAUUCAAAACUCCCUCAGUUUUCCUGGUGAGGGACUCCAGGUGGGCACCAGUGUGGGAGGUACCGAGGUUUUCGCCCGACUCUCAACUCUGGAACAGGAAAACAAGGAUCUAAGGAAAAUAACGAAUGAUCUGAAGGCACUUGUGUUAAAACUGGAGUCCCGGGUGGUCUCACUGGAGAGGGGCGGUGCCGCUCCGACCAACUCACCUGCCAAACCAGUCCAGAAGGAGGAGGAGGAUGAGGAUGAUGAUGAUGAUGAUGAUGACAUUGACCUGUUUGGCAGUGAUGAUGAGGCAGAUGCAGCAGCAGAGAAACUUAAACAAGAAAGACUCAAGGCCUACCAGGAGAAGAAGUCUAAAAAGCCAGCUCUCAUAGCGAAGUCCAUGAUUGUUCUUGAUGUCAAACCGUGGGACGAUGAAACAGACAUGUCUGAGGUGGAGAAGAGUGUUCGGUCAAUAGCAACAGACGGGCUCGUAUGGGGACAAUCCAAACUGGUUCCCCUGGCCUAUGGCAUUAAGAAGCUUCAGAUCAGCUGUGUUGUAGAAGACGACAAAGUUGGAACAGACUUCCUGGAGGAGAAGAUCACAGAGUUUGAAGACUAUGUCCAAAGUGUCGACAUCGCUGCAUUCAACAAGCUGUAAACAGGACCCCCCGCACACGACAACAAACCAUCUCCAAAGAAAACAACAACAACCGCUCUAAACAAUAAAGGAAGAAAACAACUGAGAGCCUUUAGUUUUUUUGGCCCAAUUAAUUUUCCUUCUAUUUCCAAAUUUCAGUCCUUCAAAUGGCCAUAUAUGUUUUUUUUUCUCAUGAAAUAUAAACAGGUCAUUUGGAAGACUAUGGAAUAUGAAUGUGAAAAUUACAAGAAAACACCAACAAAAAUGUCAACAGCAACAAAAAUGGACUAGUUUCGCUGACAGUGCCAUUAGUAAAAUGACUAUCGCAGCUACAGUUUUUCAACAAAUAUGUGAUACAUAAAUAAUGGCACAAGUUCCUCUGGUAUACUGAUCUAAUACAUGACCGUAUAGACCUUCUGUUUCCUUCUUGUACUUGGCCAACACUUUCUGAUGUUUGUUGCUGACCAUCGACAUUAAACGUACCACCAACUGCUGCA